UUUAACGUAGUUUUAGUUUCGAUUUUCAAAUUUCGAUUUUCAAAUUAUUUCGCUAUUUUCAAAUUAUUUCAAAAAGGAUCAAUCGACGAUUAUGGAGAAUACGUCUUUGAGUGCUAUAUCUUUAUACUUCAACUUUUGGAGAGAAAGUAAUGAGAAAUGUUUGGAUGAGAAGGAGUUGUCAAGGACGUAUAACAAUCUUACAGAGAGAUACAAACAAUUUGACAGCAUUUCUGAAGAAUAUUUUUCACUAUCUCUCAAGGAAUUGUUUUCUUGUGAAGGUUCUGAGUGCUUGCUUAAUGACGAACAAACAAAAAAUAUAAUUCAACGUCUUAAAGCAUCAACGGUAAAUGGGAAAUUGAGCAAGGAUAUUUUUGUUGCCAUGUUUCAGUACUGGACAAGAAAGUCUAUUUCGACAGUCAAUGCUCUGUUAAUUGUUGAUGUGCAAAAUGACUUUAUCACUGGCUCACUAAGACUUGAUCAAUGUCCUGCUAAAGAAAAUGCUGAAGAAGUUGUACCUAUCAUCAACAAUUUGAUUAAGAAUGGACCAUUUGAUGUGUUGACUUAUACUGCUGACUGGCAUCCUGAAGAUCACUGCUCGUUUUUCUCCAAUAUUAAAAAGCACUCAGCUAAAGUUCAUCCAUCAGUUAAUAUGGCUGAUUUAAAAUUAUUUGAUGUUGUUCCUUUUAUAAAACCAGCAGAACUGCAACAGGUCAUGUGGCCAGAUCAUUGCUUGCAGAACAGUUGGGGUGCUCAGUUGCACAAGGAAUUGAGGAAACCAAUAGAAAAUGAAGAUAUUGUUGUAUAUAAAGGCCAAAAUGCUCAUCUUGACAGUUAUUCUACGUUCUUUGAUAAUGGAAAAUGUAAUAAAACAGAUCUUCUCCUUCAAUUGUUAAAACGAAACGUUACACAUGUGUAUUUAGUUGGGCUAGCAUUUGAUGUUUGCGUAGCAUAUUCAGCCGUUGAUUCUGCCCAGAUUGGUUUCAACACUGCUGUAAUUGAAGACGCUUGUAAAGGAGUCGAUUUUAAAUCCAUGGAAGCAACAAGAAACAAGUUUUCUGAAAUGGGCAUUAAACUAUUGAAGUGUUCAGAUUUUACACUUCCGUAACGGUUAAAUAACUUUGUUUACGUUACCCACGCACAAUAAUUUACGGUGGAGAUGUAAUAGUCGUAAUUACUGUUGAAAUAAUUAAGUAGCUACACAUCAAAUUGUUAGCAGCAGUAUAGUUGUAUGCCAGCAAAGUGACUGCCUUUGAGACGGCAGUUACAAAUACAAAAAUAACGUACAAGAAAGCUGCUUAUAAUCAAUAGGACAAUUUAAUGACGUAUGAAAUAUAACAUCUAUCUUUAACUCAACUUGUAAAUUUAGAGGAAUCAUACGAUAAAAAUAGGGAGAGAAAUCAUA